AUGGGACAGUCCACAGAGAGGGGACAGUCCACAGAGAUGGAACAGUCCACAGAGAUGGGACAGUCCACAGAGAGGGGACAGUCCACAGAGAUGGGACAGUCCACAGAGAGGGGACAGUCCACAGAGAUGGACAUCGAAUUAGCUGAUUCACUGGAGGAGCUGAAGAAGACUGGACUCCAAGCUGCUCCUGCUCAUCACUGCUAUGCUGGAUCUGGAGAUGUGGCCUGUGAUGUCUGCACUGGGAGAAAACCGAAAGCUAUCAAGUCCUGUUUGCUUUGUUCGGCCUCUUAUUGUGAGAAACACCUCCAGCCUCAUCGUCAGUCCCAUCCACUGAAGAGGCACAAGCUGGUGGAGCCCUCGGCUCAAGUGGAUGUUUUACUGCCUCAACCAGAGCCCAAGACCAGAGCUGACUUCCUCAAAUAUUCACAGGAAAUCACACUGGAUCCAAACACAGCACAGAGACAUCUGUUAUUAUCUGAGGGAAACAGAAAAGUAACAUGGACGAGACAUGUUCAGUCUUAUUCUGAUCACCCAGACAGAUUCAUGGUUUGGCCUCAGGUCCUGAGUAGAGAGAGUCUGACUGGACGUUGCUACUGGGAGGUGGAGGUGGAGGUGGGAGCGUGGGCAGGAGUUCAUGUAGCAGUCGCAUACAAGAACAUCAACAGAGCAGGACGCUCACUUGAAUGGGGAUUUGGAUUCAAUGACAAAUCCUGGUCAUUAUCUCGUAAUGGAAACAGUUAUGACUUUUGUUAUAACAGCAUCCACACUCCAGUGUCAGGUCCUGUGUCCUCCAGAGUAGGAGUGUACCUGGAUCACAGUGCAGGUGUUCUGUCUUUCUACAGCGUCUCUGACACCAUGACUCUCCUCCACAGAGUCCAAACCACAUUCACUCGGCCGCUCUAUGCUGGAAACGCACACGUAGGGCAAUAG